AUGCCUAAUUGUUUUGGAGUAAUCGAUGGCAAGCACAUCAUGCUGAAAUGUCCACCUAAUUCUGGAAGUUCUUACUAUAAUUAUAAAAAACAACACAGUAUAGUAUUAAUGGCAGUAGCUGAUUAUAGAUAUAAGUUCACUCUAGUGGGCAUAGGAGCCUACGGAGGCAAUAGUGAUGGAGGUAUUUUUGCAAACUCUGAAAUAGGUGUGAGUUUGAAAAAUAAUGAUCUUAAUUUCCCAAAGGAUAUAGCUGCAUUACCUGGCUCUGAUAUUAUGAUAUAUGGAUUUUUCGUAGCAGAUGAUGCUUUUCCACUUUCAAUCAAAAUAAUGAAACCAUAUUCUGGCAAACAGUUAUCAAAUAAAAAAAAAAUCUUCAACUACAGACUUUCAAGCGUUAGACGAUCAAUAGAAAGUGAAGUAAAAUGGCAAUAUGAUUUUGUAAAAAGAGGUUUAUAUGGAGAAGAUAACAUAAUACAAUGA